AUGAGAAAUAAGAACUCAACAGCUGCUACCACAUUCAGUAAUGCAAAACAUGCUGAAUCAGUAUCUGGUUUCUCCACGAGUGCAACUGUAAAUCGACGUAUGAAUAUGCAAAGAAUGCAAAAUGUCCUUCUUGUUUGGUUGGACAACAAUAUUAAUGAUAGCAAUGCUGAUUGUAGUAAUACAGUCAAACAAUUAAAACGUGUAGUCAACAACGUAAACACGUUUACUGAUGGUAAACAAUGUGUUGAAUUUAUCCAAACCAUUAGCAACAACAAAGUAUGUAUGAUUGUUUCUGGUUCACUUGGAAAACAUAUUGUGCCUCACGUACAUCAUAUGUCCCAGGUAGACACGAUUUUUAUUUUUUGCAGUAAUCGUGAAUGGCAUAAACAAUGGGCCAAAGAAUGGCCUAAAAUAAAAGGAGUCUUCACAGAUAUUACACCAAUCUGUGAAGCUCUCAAGCAAACUGCUCGCCAAUGUGAGCAAAAUGCCAUUUCGAUUAGUUUUGUAGCAUCAAACAAAAAGUUGGACCAAUUAGAUCCAUCCUUUAUGUAUACUCAGAUCUUGAAAGAGAUUUUAUUAACUAUCAACUUCGAAAAUACACAUAUUAAAGAAUUUAUUACUUAUUGUCGCGAAACAUUUGUCAAAAAUGACAUUGAUUUAUGUAAAAUUGAAGCACUGGAACGUGACUAUCGUGAUCAAAGACCUGUUUGGUGGUAUACUUCUGAAUAUUUUUUAUAUUCGAUGCUCAAUCAAACAUUAAGAUUAAUGGAUGUUGAUAUUAUUGUUCGUAUGGGUUUCUUUAUUAAUGAUCUACAUCGUGAUAUUCAACGACUCCAUUCGGAACAAUUUCAUGGUCAACAGUCUGGUAAAACAUUUACAGUUUAUCGUGGGCAAUGUCUUUCGAAAGAAGAUUUCACCGAAAUGACAAAAACUAAAGGUGGACUUCUUUCAUUUAAUAACUUUUUAUCCACUAGUAAAAAUCGUGAUGUUUCUCUGUGUUUCGCAUCACAACCUGCUACAAAUUCUGAUCUUGUUGGAAUUUUAUUUGUUAUAUUAAUUAAUCCAGCUGAUUCAACAACUCCAUUUGCUUCUGUUAGUAAUGUUAGUUAUUUUCAUACGGAAGAUGAAGUUCUCUUCUCUAUGCAUACCGUUUUUCGUAUCGGAGAUAUUCACCCAGUGAAUAGAAAUAACUAUCUCUAUCAAGUGAAUUUAACAUUGACUAAUGACAACGAUAAAGAUCUUCGUAUUCUUACUGAUCAAAUACGACAAGAGACCUUUCCAGAUUCGAAGGGAUGGUACAGAUUAGGAUUAUUACUAAUUAAAAUGGGUCAAUUUACCAAAGCUCAAGAAAUUUAUCAAGUUUUGCUUCAUCAAACAACAAACGAGAAUAACAAGGCACCAAUUUAUUAUCAACUAGGUUGGAUCAAAUAUAAUCAAGGAGAAUAUCAAGAAGCACUUUCAUCUCAUGAAAAAGCUCUUAAAAUUCGACAACAAUCACUUCCUUCGAAUCAUCUUGAUUUGGCAGAUUCUUAUAACAGAAUCGGUAGCGUGCACUACAGCAUGGGUGAUUAUUCCAAAGCACUUUCUUAUUAUAAAAAAGCUCUUGCAAUUCGACAACAAUCACUUCCUUUCAAUCAUCCUGAUUUGGGUGCUUCCUAUAAUAACAUCGGUUUGGUGCAUUCCAACAUGGGUGAUUACCCGAAAGCACUUUCAUCUCAUGAAAAAGCCCUUAAAAUUCGACAACAAACACUUCCUUCCAAUCAUCCUGAUUUGGGUGCUUCCUAUAACAGCAUUGGUUCGGUGUAUAAGAAGGUGGGCAACUAUUCAAAAGCUCAUUCAUUUUAUGAACGUGCUGUACAAAUUGGGCAACAAACAUUACCGUCGAAUCAUCCCACUUUUCAUCAAUGGAGAGAAAAUCUCGAACGCAUAAAAAAGGAAUUGUACUUGGAUUGUAUAUUUUAG